UUCAACACAAAACAAAACUCGCACUUGCCCAAUAAUAGCGUAAGCCUCUUCUUUUUCGGUUCGCAAUUCGAUCAUAUUGAACGGUUUAAAAUGUGAGUGAACCCCAGAAGCAAUUCUGAGAUGGCCCAAUAUCACCUGAUCUCGACCCACAUCCUACUUUUGGCAAUCGGAAUCAUCCUUCUUGUCUUGGGACUGGUCCACAAUGAGGCGUGUCCGGUGGAGACCGCCCUUCCAAAUUGGAUGCUUUUGUCCGGCUCCGUCCUGGCCGUAAUAUCCGUUCUUGUAUUAGUGCAUCAGACCUGCCUGGUUUGUAAUUGCUUUCAGCGUUGCCAAAGAAGACAACCAACCAAGACCACAUUGGGCAAUGUAAUAUGUGGGUGUACUUUUUUCACCUUUUUUAUGAUCGGAUUUCUCAUCCUUUUUGGCUUGUGGAUUGCCGGCUCCUACUUUGUGGUAAGGGCUAUACGAGCAAUCAGAGUCCCUGAUGCUGAAAGUCACAAUUCCGAAAAGGCCUGCUCGUUGAGUCUCGUUCUCCCUGCUGGAAUUUCCAUUCUUUUGGUGUGGAUACUCUUUCUGGCCGGAAUAGUUCGGUUCUUGCUCAUAAUUUUCCAGUCUCGACCCACGACCAAUCGUCUGAAAAAGGAGCCAAUUUAUGACGAGGUUCAUCGGGAUGACAAUUACCUCUGAUUACGCCGAUCUAAUCUAAAGCAAUUUGUAUUCAUAAGAGAAAUCGAAAACAAUGAAUGACCGCAACUGAGAUCUAAAA